ACACACUUGUAUCCUACGAAAAUGCACAAAAAUUCACUCUGCUUAAAAAACAGGUCACUUCUAUUAAUCUCAAAAUUAUCAAAAGAAGCUAUCAUAUGAAAACACAUAGAAGAGGAACAUUUUUUUUCAAAUCUAUAAAAAUCGACUUCUUAAAAAAAAAAGAGAGAAAGAAUCUAAUUCGUAACACGUCGCAUGUUGACUAGGCGCAUCUUGAGAAAAUUUGUGAAAAAGAAUAUUAUCUUCUUCUUCUUCUUCUUCUUGAGGGAUGAGAACUCAGAAGAGAUUCUGGUUCUCCAACCGCAAGAAGCGACGGUGAACAAUGGAUCUCUUACAUAUUAGUCGAGGGGCGGUCUCACGACGAUGAAAAAGCCUAACUCAAAAAUAAACAAUCAGAAUAUUAUCGUUAUACCAUUGGCACGAUGUGAGUUGAAAGGCGUGCCUUCAACUUAAAACCAAAUGGUUUAAAAACCAAUGGUCUCAAGCUACCGGAAACAUGAAUCGAGCCGCCAAUGGUGCAAGUUGUUCAGCCAUCUUUUUACUCUAAGCAAUACUAAUUAAGUCUGAUUAUCGUCUAUAGAGGUGGAAAAGUGGGCAGCCAAUUGAUGAUACAACAAACGCAAAGGAACUGGAGGAUGCGAGUCCAACGUUUUCUUCGCCAGCUAGUGCGAAAUAUCGCGCCCAAGUGUUACAAGCAACACAAGCCACGAGAAGUUGACGAGAAUAUAUAAUAAUCAAAAUCUAUAACGUGUGAUUUGCUAAAAAACAUUGUGCGACGGAUGUGUGUAUAUUGUAUACCCUCACCUGCAAAGAUAUAAUAUAUAAGAAUGCAGAAUUCUGCGGAAAAUUCACCGCGAUCCACGAGCUGCUGUGAACGAGAGAGAGAUCGAAUUGGAGAUGAACGAGAUGAAAGAAACACAAGAUCAACAAGUGCACAAGAAUGUAUAUCAAAUAAUCAAGCUCUUUCGCUUUCAUUAGAAGAUAGAGAAUUGUGGACGAGAUUUCAGUGCAUCACGAAUGAGAUGAUCGUCACAAAAAAUGGAAGACGAAUGUUUCCUGUUGUCAAAGUAGUGGCACGCGGAUUAGAGCCGGCGGCAAUGUAUACAUUACUUUUAGAAUUUGUACAAAUUGAUCCUCACAGAUGGAAAUACGUAAAUGGCGAAUGGGUUCCAGGAGGUAAGGCAGAAGUUGCUCCACCAAAUCCGAUUUACAUUCACCCCGAGAGUCCAAAUUUUGGUGCUCAUUGGAUGAAAGAAGCCGUUUCGUUUGCUAAAGUAAAAUUAACAAACAAAUCUAACGGGAAUGGACAAAUAAUGUUAAAUUCCUUACACAAAUAUGAGCCGCGAGUUCAUUUAGUUCGAGUGGGUGCGGAAGAACAAAGAACGGUUCUCACGUACCGAUUUCCCGAAACUCAAUUCAUUGCAGUGACAGCAUAUCAAAAUGAAGAAGUGACGAGUUUAAAAAUUAAAUACAACCCUUUUGCAAAAGCUUUUUUGGACGCAAAAGAAAGACCAACCGAUCCACAGUCUUAUCCUCAAUAUGCAGGAGCUUGGUUUCUUCCACAGACACCGAUGAGUUACGAGUACAAUCCGGCGAUUGCUGUUGCACAAAGCCAAGUAUCCAGUUCGUCCAGUAAUAUGUCCAAUUCAUGUACCAUAUCAUCGACAAAUCACAAGGGAACUUGUCGAUCUGCUCCUUACACCUUAAGGCACAAGUACAUGCAAGAUGAACAGCAUGUGGAUCCUUACAGUCCGGUACCAAUUCUUCAUUCAGCAGCGUAUGUUGCAGCGACUGGAUGGUCCCCCAGAAGUCCUGAGCAAAUUUCCUCACUGAAUUCUUCCCUAGCUCCAGAGUGGCCAUCGUCACCGUCAUCAUCGCCGACCUCACCUUCAGCAUCUUCUUAUUCGCAUUCAACUCUAGGUAGACACGGCUGUAUAACAACAUCCGCUACAACAGCCGCUUGUACUUUAUACGUUCCAACAAUUCCUUCAAGUUGUAAUCCCUCCCCUCAUGAACAAAAUCACUGUUCAGACUCAUCGGUUUGGAUUCAUCCGUCCUCUGUCUCCGAUCAAAUUCAACAACAGCAACAACAAUCGUAUUUGAAUCUCAAUCUUCAUUUGCAUCACCAAAUUUCCUCGUAUCCUGCAGCCACACACAGCUUACAUCAAACUCUUCACUCAACAGGAAAUCCGCCAGGAAUACCAAUACCACCAUCUCAUGAAUAUCAGCAGGAAUAUCAUCAUCAAAAUCACUCACAUCAGCAUCAUCAAACGCAAUUGCUUCAUUUGCAAUCACACAGUGAAGCAACAUCGUCACCUGCAGCAGAAUAUGAGACGCCGAAAGAUCAUCAUGAAAUUGCUUAUCCAAAUCCAAAUAAUCCUGAGGAAGUGGACAUUUCUAAUGAAAGUGAACGUCGCUUUGUUACAACUGUAAUUGAUCAUCGGUCCAAUAAUAAUAAUCAUCAUCAUCAUCAACAUCAGCACGAUCCUUCAACUGGCGAUGAUCAAUCAUCUGGAUGGACUCCACUCACUCCACCACCAGUUCCUCAAACAACUGCCACUUGAAUUUUCAAAAACUCUUCUCUCGAAUAUCGAAUUUAUUUAUACUCAAUUCUAAAAGAAAAAGAAUAAAAUACUUUUUUUUACCAGUGUUUUAUUUUUAAGACUAGGAAGCAAAAGAGAGAGAGAGAAAGAGAGAUGCCCUGUUAUAAUGCGAAAUAAGAAAUGUUGGUAGUUCUUAAAUUUUGAAAAUUUGUUAAGUUUCUAACGCAGCAACUAUUGCGAGGGAAAUUAUUAUAGACUUGUUUAUUUUUAGCCAAAAAAACUUUUUUUUAGAAAUUAGUUUUGAAGAAUUGACUAGAAAAAACAACUGGAAUUAAAUAUAGUUGAAAUUGAAAAAUAUUUAACAAUCUUAUGUAAAUUAAUUUUAUUGAAAACUAAAUUAUGAAUUUUAAAACAAAAUUAUAUACAUAGAUUAAUUUUAUAUUUAAAAUAUUAAAUUUUUCUGCAAAUCAUUACAAAUUGUCGUAAAUGUUGCACCUAUCUGUUUGUUU